GCUAUUUAUAUGGAGUGAAAAAAAAUGGGAGAAAAAAAAAAAAAGGGUUUAUGUGUGGCGCCUUAUAUAAUAAAUUUGUGAAUGUGAUUCCAUGGGGCAACGUUCAUGUUUUGUAGAAGAUACAUAGAUUUGAAGAGAAAAAAAAUCCCUCAGCUUCUUCUGUUUCGGUUCUAUUCUAAGUAAUUAGCAAUGGUAGCCGAAAGCUUUUGUAAGAAGCAAAACAAUGAAAUUGAAAUCGAAGCUCCCUUCAUUUUGGGUCUUCAACCAUCUGCACUCGUUGAUAACGUGGCUCACGUUGAUUUGUCCUUGCUCGAUAGAAUUCCCGGCGAACGUGGUGGCUCCAUUCCCGUUGCAAUUGAAGAGCUUGAAUAUAUACUGAGGGAAGUUAAAUCUAAAAAUAAUAAUUCCAAUGAGUCUGAUUCUUCAAUAAUGAAAACUAUGGCUGGUGGAAGUGUUGCUAAUACAAUUCGUGGUUUGAGUAGUGGUUUUGGAAUUUCCACUGGUAUUAUUGGGGCUUGUGGUGAUGAUGAACAGGGACAGUUAUUUGUCAAUAAUAUGUCUUCCAAUGGUGUUGAUCUUUCUAGACUCCGUAAGAAGAAAGGACACACUGCACAAUGUGUUUGCUUGGUCGAUGAAUUGGGUAAUCGUACCAUGCGGCCAUGUCUCUCAAAUGCUGUUAAAGUUCAGGCUCAAGAAUUGACGAACGAGGAUUUCAAAGGCUCCAAGUGGUUGGUGUUGAGAUAUGCAGUUUUCAACCUUGAUGUUAUUCAGGCAGCCAUUGCUUUGGCCAAACAGGAAGGUCUUCUUGUUUCCUUGGACUUGGCCAGUUUUGAGAUGGUCAGGAACUUUAAGCUACCACUUCUGAAGUUGCUGGAAUCUGGAAGCGUAGACCUCUGCUUUGCCAAUGAAGACGAGGCAACUGAACUUUUAAGGGGCGAACAGAAUGUUGAUCCGAUAGCUGCCGUAGAAUAUCUUGCCAAAUACUGCCAAUGGGCUGUGGUAACAUUGGGCUCUAAUGGGUGCAUUGCUAAACACGGGAAGGAGAUGAUACGUGUCUCGGCCAUAGGGGAAUCAAAAGCAACUGAUGCUACUGGAGCCGGAGACCUUUUUGCAAGUGGAUUUUUGUACGGAGUGGUUAAGGGUUUGUCACUAGAAGAAUCCUGCAAAGUAGGUACAUGCAGUGGUGGAUCUGUAAUCCGCUCUCUUGGCGGUGAGGUGACAUCAGAGAAUUGGCAAUGGAUGUACAAGCAGAUGCAAGUUAAGGGUCUUCCCACGCCUGAUGGCUUAUGCAAAUGAUUAUUAUCAAUUUUGUUUAACUAAUUGCUUUCUUCUUAUUUUUUUCCUUUGCCCUUUUGCAUUUGUAUUUCAAUUUUAGUUUUACUAUUCAUCUCUUACUUUCAAUUGGAACGACUGCCAUAAUAAUUUAUGGCUGGUUCGGAGGCUAGAUAUUUUUGGUGGAAACACGAGUUGAUUUAUGAAACACGAGUAUUAAUUAACUACGAAGUUGAACUUUACUUCCA